ACACGGACCGGAUUCUUGUAGCACAUCGUGUAUCUGCUGAUGCCGAGCUGUAGACGUGUUCAUUCAGAGUGGCUGCUGGUUUAUAAGUUCUGGAUUUCUGGUCAGUUUUGAUUGAGUUCCACUGAGUGGUGUUUAACUGUAGGAGUGAUGGCCACCGUCGAAGAGCUGAAGCUCCGAAUUCGUGAAUUAGAAAACGAGCUAAUAAAAUGCAAACAGCAGCGAAGUCAAGACUCUGUUCCGAAUUCCGUGUUCAGACCGAGGAUUGAAAAAAUGAGCGCCGAAGUGGUAGAUUCCAACCCAUACAGCCGGCUAAUGGCUUUGAAACGCAUGGGGAUCGUUGAAGACUAUGAGAAAAUCCGCUCGUUUGCUGUGGCCGUGGUGGGAGUGGGAGGGGUGGGCAGCGUCACUGCAGAGAUGCUCACCAGAUGUGGCAUUGGUAAGUUGUUGUUGUUUGACUAUGACAAAGUAGAGCUGGCCAACAUGAACCGCCUCUUCUUCCAGCCACAUCAGGCAGGACUCAGCAAAGUGGAGGCAGCAGAGCACACACUGAGGAACAUCAAUCCAGAUGUUACGUUUGAGACUCACAAUUACAACAUUACCACUGUUGAUAACUUUACACAUUUCAUGGAGCGUAUCAGUAAUGGUGGACUUCAAGAGGGAAAGUCUGUGGAUUUGGUGUUGAGUUGUGUGGAUAACUUUGAGGCUCGAAUGGCCAUUAACACUGCUUGUAAUGAGUUGGGUCAGACAUGGAUGGAGUCUGGAGUGAGUGAGAAUGCUGUGUCCGGACACAUACAACUCAUCGUUCCUGGGGAAACGGCAUGCUUUGCUUGUGCUCCUCCACUGGUAGUGGCAGCGAACAUCGAUGAGAAGACUCUAAAGAGGGAUGGCGUGUGUGCUGCCAGUCUACCCACCACCAUGGGUGUCGUUGCCGGGAUCCUUGUGCAGAAUGUGCUAAAGUAUCUGCUCGGGUUUGGAACAGUGAGCUAUUACCUGGGCUAUAACGCCAUGCAGGACUUUUUCCCUACUAUGAUCAUGAAAGCCAAUCCACAGUGUGAUGACAGACACUGCCGGGGACAACAGGGGGAGUACGCAAAAAGGGAAGCUGCACGUCCGAAACAGGAAGUAGUGGAAGAGAAAGAAGAAGAAGUAGUGCAUGAGGAAAAUGAGUGGGGGAUAGAGCUGGUGUCUGAGAUCUCAGAGGCGGAGCUUCAGGAUGCAUCAGGUCCAAAGCCGGAUUUACCAGAGGGCAUAACUGUAGCCUACACCAUUCCCAAUAAGGAUGGAGAAGUGAAUUCAGAAGAGACUGUGGAAGAGACUAAUCAGAGUCUAGAGGAGCUGAUGGCUCAAAUGAAAAACCUGUAAAGGGGGACGUUCUCCUGAUUUUGCAGACACAAGCUCUUCUACAGUACAUUAAACCUUAUACACAGUGUUGUGCUUUUUAAAAAUAUCAUUUUACUUUAAAUAUAUAUUAUAAUAUAAUUGUAAAAAGGUUAUAAAAAUGCAGCUAAUUGCACACACUGACCAAGAUUUCUCCAUUUAUAUAGAUUAUCCAAUGUCUGUGUACACAGGCCAGUGGGAAUAGUUAUAUUUCUACACUGUUCAUGAAAACUGUGUAUUGACAUAUUUGGUCAUAUUGCACAACAGAUUCUGUGCUCAAAUCAGUUGAAAGUGAAAAAGUUGCAGACAACUGUGAGGAUUUAUUUCCAUCACUGUUAAAGCUUGCUGUUGAAUAUUUUCUGUCAUUUCAAUUGUUUAAAGAUGUUCAAUAAAGUAAUAAUUGACAUUGAAGGUUAAAACAAAAGGGCAUGUAACAUCAUUACUCAAUUACACCUGCUGUUACCCUCAUUCGCAUUAAAGUUGCCUCCAUAUUAAUAUUUUGGAUGGUUCUUUAUUAAAGACUAUAUUAUUAUUAAAGACUAUAAAAACUGCAGUUUGUCCCCACUGGAAAAAGUCUGAACUUUAAAGUUAAAAGUUAUUAAGUAAACUAAAGUAUUUGAGGUAAAUGUGAGUCUGAAUAAAAUACUGACUGGAAACUC